GUUCUGUUUACAUGUUGCAAAGGAAACCCCGCGUUGGAAAAGUACAUUCCUGGAAUAAUUGGAUCAAGUUACAAUGAAGGGCGAUUGUGAUGUGGUCAACGUCCCUAUUUGCUUUAUAUCAAAUCACGAAGGUUUCGACGGAAGCAUCAAAAACUUUACCAGAGACUUUGUAGUGACCGAGUUAGACAUCAACGGACUACUAGUCACCAAGCCGACGGCCAUACUUGAUGUUUUUCCGCGAAUAUCAAACGCGAUCAGUCCCUGUACCGGAAGGAACCGUGAACCUGUCCCAGAAUUCAAGAGUAAUUCUAUCUCAGCUACACAGGACACAGACGUCCCCGUAGAUGAUAAGAGUAGGGAUGUUACUAGUCCUAGUUUGGACAAUUUUGAUCUAAAAGUGAUUUUAGGCCAGUUGGUCAGCGAGGAACUGGAGCAGUUUGUGGUAACCCUCAAAGACGAAUCAGGCCUUAGAGGGGAUGAGGUGGAGAAGCUGGUUAACCAAGAUCUAUCCCUGGGGUCCUUCCCUGACAAACACCACAGAGCUUGUGUCCAUCGCGCCGUACGACACAACUUUCCUUUUCUUAUGACUGUCACCAUUCAGCCUGAGAUCAGGGUGAGGGGGGACCCAGACUACAGAGAGCUGUCCCGGUUAGUCACAGAGAUGGAAGCGGAGGACUUUUUUAGGUUCAUCAAUGCAAAAGAGCAAGGGUCAUCCUAUACGUUCAGGCCCGAUCAUGACAAAGAGCACAGGACAGCCGUCCACCACUUUCUCAGUCGAAGGUUUGGUAAACUGGUGGAAACCAAGAGUUUCUGCGAACAGGGGGAGACAGCCAUCUCUGUGAGAUUGAGAGAGCGAGGCCGACCCAAAAAGAGGAAGGCAGAGGACUGUAAGAAAGAAGAGGUUUACACUGCCUUCACCCUUUGCAAGGAGAACUUGGAGACCCUGGAGGCCAUCAGCUACAUGGCAGCAACGCUGGGGGUGCUGCCUUCAGACUUCACCUACUGUGGUAUCAAAGACAAGAGAGCCAUCACCUACCAGUCCAUGGUGGUAAAGAAGGUCUCACCGCAACGGCUAAAAGAGAAGACUGCAGAGUUUGAGAAGAGAGGGAUGCGUCUGUCUCAUGUCCGCUCAGUCAGUGAGCCUCUGAGGUUGGGCCAGCUGCAGGGAAACCACUUUGACUUGGUUGUCCGUGACCUCAGGCCACACAAAGCCAGCGAUACACACCCCUCCGGCCCUGACACACCCUCUCACCUGGCGGUGCUGGUACAGCAAGCUGUGGAAAAUGUCAAGGCCAGAGGCUUCGUCAACUACUACGGACCACAGAGGUUUGGGACUGGGCAGAAUGUCCGGUCUGACCAAGUAGGACUUGCUCUACUCAAAGAAGACAUGGUGAGUGCUGUGCAUCUGUUCUUCACUCCAGAGGAGGGUGAUGAUCCUCAAAGCAGGGCUAAGAGACACUUCCUCCAGACAGGUGACGCCAAGGAAAGCCUGGCACUGAUGCCCCUGUCCAAAGCCAGGGAGCGCUUGAUGCUGCGUGCCCUGCACCGCUACGGUACCGGAGCAGACGGCUGUGCCCAAGCCUGGCUCAGCCUGCCCCAUGGCAUGAGAGUCUUCUCCCUCCAUGCCUACUGUAGCAGAGUGUGGAAUGAGGCAGUGGCGCACAGGUUGUCUUCUCUGGGCCACCUUGUCAGGCAGGGAGACCUGGUGUGGGUGCAGGACCACCAAGGCGGCACUGUGGACUCCAACCUGCCUCAGAUCCAUGUGGUAACCAGUGAAGAGGAAAAAGAUGGCGUUUAUACUCUGGAACAGGUGGUACUGCCCAUGCCAGGCAACACGGUCAGAUACCCAGGGAACGCCAUGGGAACUUGGUACAAGGAGAGGCUGGCCAGUGACGGACUGGAAAACUGUCCCUUCAGGGUGAGCGCCCUCAAACUAAAUCUGCCCGGCUGCUACCGCCCCCUGCUGGCGUGUCCGCGCAACCUCACCUACAGGUUACAGGGCCCAACAACUGGGGAUGGAGGACGAGAGGGUGGUGCGGCAAGCUAUAGCGGGGAGGCAAAAAGCGAGGAGAAGCCAAAUUGUACGUCGUCAAAGAUGAAGCAGGACGCGGACUCACUCACUCUCACCCUAAACUUUGACCUGGAAUCUUCCUGCUAUGCCACCGUCUGCCUCCGAGAGAUUAUGAAGUGUGACCCCUAGAGGUCAGGUGUAGAUAAUGGCUAUCUCUUAUCUGUUGUGUUUGUUUACUCUGUUACAUUGCAAAUGUGUAGAACACAUCUUUUAAAUCAUAAAUGUUAAUUUUUUUUAUUGAAAAAUUGUACAUGGCAGUGCACCAGUACUUUUCUGUGCUAGUUCUGGUCCUACCUAUACCAUAUCACUACCUUUUUUUUCCCCUUCAGUAGCACAGAGCAAGUGAGGUCCUGUUUGUGUAGGAGACAAGCAGAAGCAAGCAUAUAGUAAUCACCAAUUGAAAGUUGGCUUGUACUAAGUAUGCUGAAGUGUCUCACCUGCAUACUUAAAUCAAUUCCUAUCUUAAGCUUAGCAGAGCAAAAGGAUAGUAUGGCUCAGUCAAUCAGUAUCAUCACAGCACUAUAUGCUGACCCGGUAGGGAAAAUUACACAAGUUCAGGUCGGCAAAAAGAGAGUUAAAUGAAUAUUUCAUUUGAAUUUUCUCAAAAGGUGGGUUCUGUUUGCAACACUGAAUCAUUUAAUGAUCAAAGCCCCCCCCCCCCAACACGCACACACACACACACUGAUGUGAUCUUGUUAUUUUUAGUCAUGAGUGAAAUUUGUAGCCAGUGUAUGUCAUGUCCACUAAAUACCACUAGGUGGAGUCAUAACGCCACAACUCAUUUUUGAGGCAACUAAUGUGGCGAUCUUAUACAACCUGGGGGUUUCUUUUCCAUAUGGAGAGAAAAUACAAAUAAAGUAUCUAAAAUCUACUAUUGUGGUACUCCCGAACUGAUAGUGGGGAACUGUAAGGCUGAUUGAUUUAAGAAAACACUUAACUCCUUACCUGUAUCUCAACCCAAUAUGUCAAUUUGUGUUUAAGUAAUGUAAAAUGUAAUGAGCUUUAAACUCCAGUGUAAUUAAGUUUUACUCACGCCAUUUUGGUUGCUGCAUUCAAAUCUGAGUGCUGUCUGGGCAGCUUUGUCUCCUGUGAUUAAUUUAUGAAAUUUUGAUGAGAAUGUCUAAAGACAGCACCUUAUGAAAUCCCCACAGAGUAACUAACUAUACUGGAGUCCUCUGGGCUAUUCUUGAUCCCUGUAAUUGUAAGCAAUGGCCAAAGUAGUUAACUGUUAGCAUGGAGUGUCUUUUGCUGAAAGUAAGUUCUGACUUGCAGACUGUUUUGUGCCUAUAGCACUGUUUGAUAAAGUACCUGUCAUUAUGAUAAGCUGUCUACUACGGAGCUCUAUUAGCUACAUUUGAAUUUAUUCCAAAUGAGACAUGCACCAGUCAAGAAGAUACUUUUCAUGCUAAAUCACUGGUGUCAAAAAUCAAAACAAACAAACAAACUUACCAUUAUUUCAAGAGGUUUCAAGGUUGUCUCGUAGUAACUAAGUUGUAACUUGAGAUUUAGGUUGACCAAAUGCCAUUCCUUGUACUCUAACCAACGUUUCAGUGAUGUUAAAUGUUGUACUUGACUAUAUACAUGUCAUAAAAGACUUAAAUA